AUGGCGCUGACAUUGGAUCAGACGUACGACCUUGCAAUUUACAUUCUUCGUGCCGAUCAUGAGGGUCGCCGACCACCGGUCGACUCGUCGGGCACGGAGGCCCUAGAACGCGAACUCCUGGAGAGCAACGACGUGGCUCUGACAGAGUCUCAAGCGCACGACCUUGCGCUGUAUGUCCUCGACAGCGUGGCGAAGUCUACGAUUGAGGCAGAGCGGCAUGUGCCUCCGAGUCGUCCACCACUGGACGUUCUCGACAACCCUCCCCCCCACGAGCCUACCCUGCAUUCCCUCAUAUCAGCAAUGUCGGGCACUCGCAACGCGUUCUCGACUUCUAGGCAAGAGAUCGUCGCAUCCGCUGAGCCGUCCUCGGUUCUCGGGAAACGGCGGCGCGAGCCAGCUAUCUUUGAGCCGCCUGCCGCCUCGACAAGUAUCGCCGCACCCAAGCAUCCGACGGUCGACGCGAUGACUUGUAUUUGGCCAGGAUGCACCGAGACGGCAUCUCCUCCACAGCUCUUUGCGCACAUAAAGUCCGCACAUGGGAAGACUGGCUUCCAGUCGAUUCCCGAUGAGUUUCGCUGUGGUUGGGACGGUUGCGCGGUUGUCGGGACGACGGCCCAACUUACACGGCACUUCAAAGAGGUACACGACGAGAAACAAACCGUCAAGGCAAAGUACCUCGAGGCGAAGGUGGAGUGUAAGGUGACGGGCUGCGGCAGAUUGCUUUCCAGGGGCAAGGACUUCAAGAGGCACUUAUACGGCCUCCACUGGAUGGACACGCAGUACUAUCGCUUCUGCGAGACCUGCGGAAAGCUGAAACGGGUGGAUCAACAUCAUGAUGCUGCCAAAUGUCUAGCGGAAUGGAUGGAAGCUAAUUACAAAUCGUACUAA